UUAUUCAUUUUCCUAAUCAUUUCAUUUGUCUAAUCGUCUUCAUUUUGAGUAGUGUAAGGUAGUUCAGUUAAUUCUUUAUUCUAUAAUCAUUAUUGUAAAGUGGCUACAAACUUCACCGUGAACUCUUUAGAUAUCCAUUAAAGUCUAAUUUGCAUUGAAAAGAUUCAAUAUGUUACAUUUCAAAUUCCAUUUGUUUUGUGCGAUUCUUUGUGGCGUGACAAUAUUAGGUCCCGGUUAUGUUACUAGCGAUACGAUACCUGUAGAUGUGAAGACUACUCUAGCAGCAACAGCCGACCCUACAUCAACACCAAAACCCGACCCUACAUCAACACCAAAACCCGACCCCACACCAGCACCAAGCCCCAACCCCACACCAGCACCAAGCCCCAACCCCACACCUGCCCCAACACCAGCACCCACACCUGCUCCAAACCCAGCGCCCACACCUGCUCCAACCCCAGCACCUACUCCCACACCAACCCCAGCACCAACUCCUGCACCAACCCCAGCACCCACUCCUGCACCAACCCCAGCACCCAAACCUGCACCAACCCCAGAACCCACACCGGCACCAACCCCAGCACCUAAGCCUGUGCCACCCCCACACUCAGGAAAAUGGGCAUUCAUGGACAAAACAACCAAUGUAACAUGUAUUGUUGUCCAGUUUGCAGCUCAACUUAGAGUCACCUACUUCAAGACUAACAGCACGAGUUCGGAGAACGUAACCAUGAACGUGCCGGUGAAUGCUUCCAUUGUUGACGGCAGCUGCGCCAACAACAGCCAGUGGCUGAGGCUGAGCUGGCCCGUCAGCGCCGACUCCAACGAAACCAACACUCUCCUCCUGGUCUUCCAGAGCAAUGACACCACCAAGGACUACAUGCUGAAGAGCCUUAAUGUCACACUGUCGCCCACUCUGUUCGUCAAUUCAUCAUUGACGGAGGCCGUGAACCUCUGGCACGGCAAGGAGUGGCACACGCCCCUGGCCACGUCGUACCGCUGCGACGCGCCCACCAAGCUGAACAUGACGGCGGAGCAGAACCUGGUGGCCACUCUCACCCUGAGCCAGCUGCAGGAGGAAGCCUUCAGGACUGCCCACAGUGAAGUGUUCAGCGCAGCUCGGCAGUGCGGCGGCGACGACGUACCGGACGCGGUGCCGAUCGCGGUGGGAUGCGCUCUGGGUGGCCUCGUGGUGGUGGUUCUGGUGGCCUACCUGGUGGGACGCCGCCGCUCCGCUGCCAGGGGAUACCUCUCCAUGUAAACGGCAGAUGGUCCCUUGGAUGCGGUGGUCGCCGAAAUUGUAUAAUAUAUUAACGUCAUAAAUAUUGUCAUCUGCUCCUCUAUUAGUUUGGCAAAAUUUAAUUUUUUCCAUAAAAUUGCUCAAAACAAACGGCCAUCUUAGGUGACGGGCGCCAUCUUGGAAAUGCAAUGUAACUAAGAAUUUAAUUAAUUUGUGUUAAAACAUUUGUAUGUAGAUAGAUAUUAUAAUAAAUGUGAAAGUGUAGAUUAUUCUUGUAAUUGAUAAAAUAUAGAUUGUAUUGAUCUGUAUACCUGAAUAAUAUAAAAUAAAAUAUGAUUAUUCAGCCAUAAUAAUUAUUUUCAAUUAAUUCUAUCACUAAGUGGAUUUAUAAUAAUAAGAUUAUUGUUUUUUUUGCCGUUUGCCAUAUUUUGAUUCACAAUACUGAUAAAUGAUCUUAAAUGACUACUCAUAUAAACUGGAUUUGAAUAAGGACCAAAAAAUGGCAAAAUGUGAAUUUUAGUUUUUUAUUUUUAUUUUCACAGCUUUUAAUCUUAAAAGUAUUUAAUUUAAAUGUUUUUUUCAAAGGCUUCGUUAUACGCAGGUAUAACAAAUGAUACAUGUAAAGCUAACGCCAGAGCAAUCUUAAUUUGAAAUUGGCUGGACAGGAGCGUGUCGGUAGAAAUGUCCAUAUUAAAUGAAUAAAUUUGUAUGUCAAUUGUUAAUAUUAUUUCCUAUUGGCGUUUGCUGAUCAAAAUAUUAUAUUUUUGAGUAUUUUAAAUGCCGCAAACAAAUAAUUAUUUGGAUUCGACAGUUGCCGUAUAACGUAACACGAUGAAUAAAAUAUGUCAAUUGGAUUUUAUAAAAAUAUAUUCUUAUAAGGUUUAUACUGGCAUUGUUUUAAAUUGUAAUCAAAGUAUUUCAAGAAUCUAUUAUGUGAUGAGGCAAUUAAUUCCAAUACUCAAUAAUAUUCUAUUGCAAUAUAUUGUUUUGAGACAUAACAAACGUAACUUUUGUUAUCUACCCUCAUAAUUUAUAUUUAAAUGGCGCUUUCUGUCCAGUAAUUAUUUUAUCUCCUAACCUGUUUAAGAAAAAUAGCGCGUUUAGAGCGCAUUAGAGUAUUUGUAUUAUUUACGUCUAGAUAAUAUAAAAAUAUUUUGGUUAGCAUUACUUUACUCUCCGGGAUUUUGUUUCAUUUUGCGACUCGCCCAGUUUCAAACUAUGCUUACUGGUUGCCUAAUACGAAUCUCAAAAUUGAAGAUUUACACAUUCCCAUAUACUCUGUGUUAUUUUACACUUCUCUAAUGAAAAAUGUCAAAAUAGAACACAAUUUACGAUAUUUUUCAGUAGUUUUUACUUUUUUUUUUCGUAACUUAACCAUAGUCUGUGCAAGUCGCAAAUAGAAGGUGAAAAUGAAAAAUAAAUGUUUUUAUUGACAAA